AUGGGCCAAUUGGAUGGGCCAGGCCCAUACAGUAACAGGCCGCAGUUCUCUGCUACGCAUCGGUCAUCCGAUGGAAGAAAAAAAAAGGGGGGGUCAUCCGAUUCGAUUCGAUUGACUGGCACAGCCACCACGCCGCCGCGACGGAGAUGGCGCCUCUCCCUCCCCGUCGCCUUCUUCCUGCUCCUCCUCUGCCUCCCAGCGGCCCCACACGCCGCUGGUGGAGACCCGACCCCGACGCCGUGGCCCCCGCAGUUCCACGCGACGCUGGUGAUGGAUUACCACGGCAACAUGUCGCUGUCCGACCUCUGGUACGACUGGCCGCGGGGCCGCAACCUCCACGUCAUCCGCUACCAGCUCGCCGCCGACGCCCCCUUCUACGACGCCGAGUGGAACAACGGAACCUCCUUCUUCUACACCCCGGCGCGCCGCUCAUGCCGCUCCGCCGCCGUCGGGGUCGGCAUCCUCCGCCCCGACUGGCUCCAGCCCGGCGCGGUCUACCUCGGCCGCCGCGACGCCGAUGGCUUCGACUGCCACGCAUGGGCCAAGGCCGACUUCAUCACCUACUACGAGGACGUCCAAACCAAGCGACCAGUCAAGUGGGUCUUCUACACAGGGAGGACUACCUAUGUGAUGAGCUUUGAGGUGGGAGCAGUGCUGGAGGAUGAGGGAUGGCAGGCGCCUGAGUACUGCUUCUCCAAGGAUGGUGGAAUCGCCCACAUCUCCGGUGGGCAUGAUGACAGCUUUAUCCCCAGGAGUGUGUUGUGAGGAUUUAUCUUCCGCUCAUGUGCUCCUCUUGGUCUCCGAUGUAGCUUUGAACAUAGAGAUGCCGUGGAACAGUAUGACCACGCAUGCGUUCUCUCAAUGUUUUUGCGUAAAUUUAAUAAUGUGAUGGAGCCGGAUCUUGUUCUCCUUGAUAUAAUCAAGUGAAGUACUGCAGUACAUAGCUUGUAUUGUAUCC